AUGGGCAACCUUACCAUCAUAACGGAAUUCAUCCUCAUGGCUAUCACAAGCUCCCGGGAGCUACAAGUCUUGCAAGGUCUGCUUUUCUUAGUGAUUUAUCUGGGAGCUGUGUUUGGAAAUCUUCUGACUGUUACUGUCAUUGUGACAAACCCACAUCUUCAUUCCCCAAUGUGCUUCUUUAUAGGCAACUUAUCCUUGUUAGACUUUUGCUAUAUCUCAGUAACUGUUCCUAAAUCAAUUGUAAAUUCUCUGAUGGACAGUAAAUUGAUUUCUCUCAAAGAAUGUCUCGCUCAAACUUUCUUAUUUAUUUUAUUUGGAUCCACAGAAUUUUUUUUCCUUGUGGUUAUGUCCUAUGACCGCUAUGUAGCUAUUUGUCACCCUCUGCAUUAUUGGCUCAUCAUCACCCCACGUCUGUGCACACAGAUCUCAGGGGGCUCCUGGGCCAGUGGGCUGCUCUAUUCUGCGAUCCACACAGGCACCAUAUUCAGACUUCCCUUCACAAAAUCCAAUGUGAUUCACCAGUUUUUCUGUGAAAUCCCUCAAAUCCUGAGCAUCUCAUCUAGGUCUGUGCAGUUUUCUGAGACAGUAGUGCUUGCAGUAAAUGCCUUCAUCACCAUAGUCUGCUUUGUUGUCUUAUUCAUCUCAUAUGUUAACAUAUUUUCUACUGUGCUCCAGUUAAGAUCUGUGGAAGCCCAGAACAAAGCGUUAUCUACCUGUUCCCCUCAGAUAGCUACUUUUCUUUUGUUUAUAAUCUCUGGGCUAUUUGCUUGUUUGGGUCCCAUCUCAAAAGAAUCUACUAUCCAAAGCCUCCUCAUGGCUAUGUUCUACUCCAUGGUGCCCCCCUUCAUGAACCCCAUCAUCUUUAACCUGAGGAACAGGGAGAUCAAGAGUGCUAUCAGCAGAAUGUUUAAUAGAUCUUCCAAGGUCCCCUAG